AGGAAGUAUGUAGAAACAGUUUAGAUCAACACAGAGAAGGUAUACGUAAUGUUGGGCUGUUCACUUACCAGAGGGAGAGAGCUGGGAUUAAUGGAGACUGGACAAGAGAAAGGAAAGUGACCUUUGAUGGAGAACCUCAUUGUCUUUCUUAGGAUUGAGAGCGAGUGAGAGAGAGAGUGGCUGAGAGAGUGGCAGAGAGAGUGGCAGAGAGAGUGGCAGAGAGAGUGGCAGAGAGAGGGUGAGAGAGUGGCAGAGAGAGGGUGAGAGAGUGGCAGAGAGAGGGUGAGAGAGUGGCAGAGAGAGGGUGAGAGAGUGGCAGAGAGAGGGUGAGAGAGUGGCAGAGAGAGGGUGAGAGAGUGGCAGAGCGAGCGAGCGACAGAAAGUGGCAGAGCGAGCGAGCGACAGAAAGUGGCAGAGCGAGCGAGCGACAGAAAGUGGCAGAGCGAGCGAGCGACAAAGUGGCAGAGCGAGCGAGCGACAGAAAGUGGCAGAGCGAGCGAGCGACAGAAAGUGGCAGAGCGAGCGAGCGACAGAAAGUGGCAGAGCGAGCGAGCGACAGAAAGUGGCAGAGCGAGCGAGCGACAGAAAGUGGCAGAGAGAGCGAGCGCCAGAAAGUGGCAGAGAGAGCGAGAGCCAGAAAGUGGCAGAGAGAGCGAGAGCCAGAAAGUGGCAGAGAGAGCGAGAGAGAGAGCCAGAAAGUGGCAGAGAGAGCGAGAGAGAGAGCGACAAAGUGGCAGAGAGAGCGAGAGAGAGAGCGACAAAGUGGCAGAGAGAGAGAGAAAGUGGCAGAGAGAGCGUCAAAGUGGCAGAGAGAGAGCGUCAAAGUGGCAGAGAGAGAGAGAGAAAGUGGCAGAGAGAGAGAAAGUGAGAGAGAGAGACGAACAGAGAGCCAGCCAUCAUGCCAAGGUUCUGUCCUGUUGGUGUGUGUUGUCUGUCCCCCCAGCUGUUCCUCUCUGAGGGGGGAGGACAGGGGGGUGAUCAUCAACUCAGCCACUCAGACAAACUGGAGACCAGCUACACUGAGAAAUCACAGCACUACCACACACAGAAAAGUGUGAAGGAGGGGAUCCUAUUGAAACAGACUAGCUCAUUCCAGAGAUGGAAAAGGAGGUUCUUCAAAUUGAGAGGAAGGACACUUUACUAUGCCAAAGACUCAAAGUCUCUGAUAUUUGACGAGGUGGACCUAUCAGACGCCAGCGUGGCCGAGACCAGCACCAAGAACAUCAACAACAGCUUUACGGUGAUCACUCCAUUCAGGAAGCUGAUGCUAUGUGCAGAAAGCAGGAAGGAGAUGGAGGAUUGGAUUGGUGCUCUGAAGUCUGUACAGAAAUGGGAGACUUACGAGACCAGUCUAUUUAAUAUGGAACAUUUCUCUGGGAUGCAUAACUGGUAUGCCUGUUCCCACGCCAGACCCACCUUCUGUAACGUCUGCAGAGAGGCCCUCUCCGGAGUCACCUCACACGGACUGUCCUGUGAAGUGUGUAAGUUCAAGGCCCAUAAGCGCUGUGCGGUGCGCUCCACCAACACCUGUAAAUGGACCACGCUGGCCUCCAUAGGAAAUGACAUCAUGGAGGAUGAGGAUGGGGUGUCCAUGCCUCACCAGUGGUUAGAAGGGAACCUGCCGGUCAGUGCUAAGUGUGUGGUGUGUGACCGUAACUGUGGCAGUGUCAGGAGACUGCAGGACUGGAGGUGUCUAUGGUGCACAGCUAUUGUCCACAGCAGCUGUAAAGAGCAGAUGGGAAAGGUGUGUCCUCUGAGUCAGUGUCGCGUCUCAAUCAUCCCUCCGACAGCCCUCAACAGUAUCAACUCUGACGGCUUCUGGAAGGCCACCUCUCCCUCCUGCACCUCUCCUCUCCUGGUCCUCUGUAACUCUAAGAGUGGAGACAACCAAGGAGUUAAGUUCCUGAGGAAGUUUAAACAGCUCCUCAACCCUGCACAGGUCUUUGACUUAAUGAAUGGAGGGCCUCAGCUGGGUCUGCGAGUGUUCCAGAAGUUUGCCACGUUUCGUAUCUUGGUGUGCGGAGGAGAUGGCAGUGUUGGUUGGGUGCUGUCUGCACUGGACAAACUAAACCUGCACAAACAGUGCCAGCUAGGUGUGCUUCCCCUGGGGACAGGUAAUGACCUAGCCAGGGUGCUGGGCUGGGGAGCGCUGUGUGACGAUGACACUCAGCUGCUACAGAUCGUGGAGAAGCUGGAGAGAGCCACCACCAAGAUGCUGGACAGGUGGAGUGUGAUGACAUACGAGCUUCCCACCAAACACUGUCCAAUGGUGAAGGAAGACUAUUUUAGUCCCGACUCACCCUUACAGGUCCACAUCGCUCAGUAUGCAGACUCUGUGGCCUCCCACCUCACCAAAAUCCUGGACUCGGACAAACCCACUGAUGUCAUAUCCUCUGCCAAGUUUUUGUGUGGGACGGUGAAUGAUUUUGUAGCAGAGGUGGGGAGAGCGUAUGAGAGAGCCACAGAGAACAAGGAGGAGGCCGAUGCUAUGGCCAAGAAGUGUACUCUGUUGAAUGAGAAGCUGGACAGUCUGGUGAAGGCUCUGAGUGAGGAGGCUGAUGCCAAGGUGGUGCCAGUUGGCAGCGUGCCACCCCACGAGGACCAGGAGGGGGUCACAGACACCCCUGGAGGGGAACCCCAGCCCUCGUACAGGUCCAGAGAACAGCUGAUGAUGAGAGCUAACAGUCUGAAGAAAGCCCUGAGAAAGAUCAUAGAACAGGCUGGGAAAGUGGUUGAUGAACAGGACAGACACACUCAUAUCCAGCACAUGUCAUCCUCCUCGUCCAUAAAGAGAGAGAACAGUGAGGAGCUGACAGAGCCAGAACCACGUCACAUCAGUUUGAGUCCCACGAGUUCCUCGAGCAUCGUCUUGGAGAAACCAGAGAGUCUCAGCCCUCCAUCCUUUAACGAGGAUCAGUGUUCAGAGAAAUGUGUACUGAACAAUUACUUUGGGAUCGGUCUGGAUGCUAAGAUCUCACUGGAGUUUAACAACAAGAGAGAUGAACAUCCCAAGAAAUGCAGUAGUCGUACUAAGAACAAGUUGUGGUAUGGGGUGAUGGGAACCAAGGAGCUGGUGCAUAAGACGUAUAAGAACCUGGAGCAACGGGUACUGUUGGAGUGUGAUGGUGUCUCUAUAUGUCUGCCCAGUCUUCAGGGACUAGCUGUUCUCAACAUCUCCAGCUAUGCAGGAGGAAUCAACUUCUGGGGUGGCACCAAAGAGGACAGCAACUUUGGCGCCCCGUCAUUUGACGAUAAGAAGCUGGAGGUGGUGGCUGUGUUUGGCAGCAUGCAGAUGGCUGUGUCCAGAGUCAUCAACAUCCAACACCAUCGCAUCGCACAGUGUCGUCAGGUAAAGAUCACUAUCCUAGGAGACGAGGGGGUACCAGUACAGGUGGAUGGAGAGGCAUGGAUUCAGCCCCCAGGGAUAGUCAAGAUCACACACAAGAACAGAGCUCAGAUGCUAACCAGAGACAGGAACUUUGAGAGGACUCUGACGUCAUGGGAGGACAAGAGGAAGAUUGACAGCUACCAUUCCUCCAGGCCCCGCCUCAACUCUCAGCAGUCUAUGGAAUACCUCACAGAGGAGGAGUGUGCUCAAGUACAGCAGCUGGGCCUGGUGGCAGACACGCUCAUCACUAGGAUAAGAGAUGCGGCUAAGACACACAAGCUGGUGGAACAGGAGUUAGCUCAUGCUGUCAACGCCAGUGCCCUGGUCCUCAGUGAAGCCUUCCCCACCAAGCCGUCCAGCCCUGAGUGUCUGAGUCGCAGUACAGCAGUGGAGAUCGUGAACAGCAGUAGAGUCCUUCAGCUGGAGACCACGAUGCUGCUGGAGGGGAAACUACUGGUAUACUAUUACCCCCUACUGGUGGAUUCUCCCCAGGAAGAGGAGCUCCUCUCUACUCUCAGCAGUCUGAGCGCUGAACUCCACAAGCUGGCCGACAUACACUGGAUCUGCCCUGCCAUGCACUGCUCUGAGGAGGUGGCUAACACUGUGAGGGUGAGCGGUAAGAGCAGUAUUAAGAUGAAGAUGAUGCCCAAGGUGAAGAGGGAGAGAGAGAAGCUCCACAAGCAGAAGUCCAAUAGCUCUCUGUCAGGAUCUUGGGAUAUUAAAGGUGGCGCAAAUGAGACGGGUCCUUCAGGCAAUUGAGGAACUUAAACGCAAAGGCUUAACAAGGUACACCCAUCACCAUGGCAGCCAGGGGAGGCGAGGGGUGUCACCCUCUUCUUCCUACGGGACGUGGGCUUUACCUACCGGGGGGUGAGAAGUAUAAAAUGAUUCCACGACCCUUUCGCCUUUCAGCUAACACCUCCCCCUUGACUCUCGAUGUUCUCCAUUUUGAAAUUAGGGAGGAGUUGUUUUUAACUAAGGGGUGUGGCUUUGCAUCCUUUCACCAUUGGGGUCCUGUUAUUGGUUCUAUUUGGCCUGCUGACCCAGGAGGUGGGCGUGGCUUCUUGAGAUGAAAGCAGAGAAGGAGAAGAGACGCUCUCUUAGCAACUUGUUUCCUUGACGACGCAAUGUGUUUACGUAGGCGGAGCUCUCCUUUGCAUGACAUGAGCAGCCAUUUUGUUUUUAUUUUUAAAUAACUCCUUUUUUUGGCAGGCGUUUACACUACCCUUCCUCUUUUUCUCUCUUUUUUGUAAUCUUUAUUGACUUUCGUGACAACUUACAGGACUUUUUAGUUUCCUCGAGAAAUCUGAAGUCUGAAGACGACUUUGCUUUCUGUUCCUAUCGCCGUAAGAACAACAAAAAUACAAAUGAACAACAAUGUAAACAACAUCUCAAAUUAUUAACUGGAGACUCAUAAAUGUAAAACAAAAAAUAGACUAUUGCAGGGUCAUAUUGAGGAAUGUAUUACAUGUGUGCGUAUUACCUUGUGAAUAUUCAUAUUACUGUCUGAAUAUUUGUUCUACCCUUGUGAAUAUUCAUAUUACUGUGUGAAUAUUCAUAAGGUAGUACGACUGGCCUGAUGUCUCCCUCCCUGCAUGCCUUCCACUCUUCACUAUCCUGUGAGAUGGAAGAAGUAGCCCAGUAGACACUGAUCUAAGGUCAAGAUUAGAAUUCGACAUCUGAUCCUAGAUCUGUGGUUAAGACAAACACUCACCAUGAGCUUAUACAUUCCCUAAUGGUUUUGAUUGAAUGUGUGUGUGUAUAUAUAUAUAUAUAUAUAUAUAUAUAUAUUCUCUUGUAGAAAUUGUGUAGCGCUUUAUCUGAAGACACUUCUAUAAACUUUUUUUUAUUUUUUUUUAUUACGUUAUUAAUAGAAAGAAUCCGUUCAUAAAUAAUAAUAAAUUAGGAAAUGGAUACAACAUGUAUUACAACGUCCUGUAAUAUCUUGAACAUUUAUUUAAUCAAUUUAAUGCUGAACAAACUUGAAAUAAUGAUGUUUAUAGUCAAUCAGAUGAACUGUUAGCUAUAUGAAUGUGCUACUGUACCAUUAGCAUGCUGCUGUCAGAGGCUUUAAUGAGGUACCUUUACAUAUGUGGAAAGUUUCUUAUCAGGCGCACUGAUUUUAAAUGACAUAUGCCGAUUGUGUGUGUGUGCCAACGACACUGUGUGUGUGUCGUUCAUUUUACUGUGUCGUUUGAGUUUACUGUAUGUUGCCUUGCACUUUACAAAGCGAAACUUAAAGAACACAUUUGUGUGUGUGUGUGUGUUGUAAAGUGACCGUUCACUUGUGUUUUUUAUUGCUAUGACAACGGUCCCUCUCCAUCGUAUUUAUGACAAAUCUAUACAGAGAUCAUUGUGUGUUAAUAUAUAAAUAUAACCAAGCGAAUGUUAAAGUGUGUGUGUGUGUGUGUGUGUAUAUAUAUAUAUACACACACACAGUACCCGUCAAAAGUUUGGACACACCUACUCAUUCAAGGAUUUUUCUUUAUUUUUACUAUUUUCUACAUUGUAGAAUAAUAGUGAAGACGUCAAAACUAUGAAAUAACACAUGGAAUCAGGCAGUAUUUUAGAUUCUUCAAAGUAGCCACCCUGCCUUGAUGACAGCUUUGCAUACUCUUGGCAUUCUCUCAACCAGCUUCAUGUGGAAUGCUUUUCCAACUGUCUUGAAGGAGUUCCCACACAUGCUGAGCACUUGUUGGCUGCUUUUCCUUUCGCUCUGUGGUCCAACUCAUCCCAAACCAUCUCAAUUAGGUUUAGGUCAGGUGAUUGUGGAGGACAGGUCAUCUGAUGCAGCACUCCAUCACUCUCCUUCUUGGUCUAAUAGCCCUUACACAGCCUGGAGGUGUGUUUUGGGUCAUUGUACAGUUGAAUAACAAAUUAUAGUCCCGCUAAGCGCAAACCAGAUGGGAUGGCGUAUCACUGCAGAGUGCUGAUUAAGUGUGCCUUUAAUUCUAAAUAAAUCACAGACACUGUGACCAGAAAAGCAACAUCACACCUCAUCCUCCAUGCUUCACAGUGGGAACCACACAAGCGAAGAUCAUCCGUACACGUACUCUGCGUCUAACAAAGAACCGGCAGUUUGAACCAAAAAUCUCAAAUUUGGACUCAAAUUUGGACAGAUUUCCACCGGUCUAAUGUCCAUUGCUCGUGUUUCUUGGACCAAGCAAGUCUCUUCUUAUUAUUGGUGUCCUUUAGUAGUGGUUUCAGCAAUUUGACCAUGAAGGCCUGAUUUAUGCAGUGUCCUCUGAACAGUAGAUGUUGAGAUGUGUCUGUUACUUGAACUCUGAAGCAUUUAUUUGGGCUGCAAUCUGAUGUGCAGGUAACUCUAAUGAAUUUAUCCUCUGCAGGAGAGGUAACUCUGGGUCUCCUUUUCCUGUGGCGGUCCUUAUGAGAGCCAGUUUCAUCGUAGUGCUUCAUGAUUUUUCCUGAUUGACUGACCAUCGUGUCUUAAAGUGAUGGACUGUUGUUUCUCUUUCCUUAUUUGAGCUGUUCUUGCCAUAAUAUGGACUUGGUCUUUUACCAAAUAGGGCUUUCUUCUGUAUACCACCCCUACCUUGACACAACACAACUGAUUGGAUCAAACACAUUAAGAAGGAAUGAAAUUCCACAAAUUAACUUUUAACAAGGCACACCUGUUAAUUGAAAUUCUUUCCAGGUGACUACCUCACAUGAAGCUGGUUGAGAGAAUGCCUAGAGUGUGCAAAGCUGUCAUCAAGGCAAAGGUUGGCUACUUUGAAGAAUCUCAAAUCUCGAAAAAAUAUUUUGAUUUGUUUAACAUUAUUUUGGUCACUACAUGAUUCCAUAGUUUAUGUCUUCACUAUUAUUCUACAGCAAAAAAAAAAGAAAAUAAAGAAAAACCCUUGAAUGAGUAGGUGUGUCCAAACGUUUGACUGGUACUGUAUAUAAAGGGUUUGUGGUACUGUGUAUGUUUUGCAGGGUUGCAAAAUUCCAGGUAACUCCCCAAAUUCCCAUGUUUUAUAGAAAUCCUGAUUGGAAGAUGUUUUAACCCGAAGGGAAUCAGCAGGAAAUCCAGGAAUCCUCCCAGAAGGCACAGGAAUUUUGCAACCCUGAUGUUCUCAGUCAACACAUCCAAAUCUCACGGAAGAAUGUAUUCUCAAACAUGCUACUGCAAGGUUACUCCAAUGUUAUGCCAACCGUUCCUUAGCAACUGUUUUUGUGUCUGUUGUAUUCUCAAACAUGCUACUGCAAGGUUACUCCAAUGUUAUGCCAACCGUUCCUUAGCAACUGUUUUUGUGUCUGUUGUAUUCUCAAACAUGCUACUGCAAGGUUACUCCAAUGUUAUGCCAACCGUUCCUUAGCAACUGUUUUUGUGUCUGUUGUAUUCUCAAACAUGCUACUGCAAGGUUACUCCAAUGUUAUGCCAACCGUUCCUUAGCAACUGUUUUUGUGUCUGUUGUAUUCUCAAACAUGCUACUGCAAGGUUACUCCAAUGUUAUGCCAACCGUUCCUUAGCAACUGUUUUUGUGUCUGUUGCGCGGUACUAGGAUAUCGGUACUGAACAGUGUUGAAAUCUUCAUUUGACAUAAAAUAUAUAGCUGUCAAUCGCCAAGGUACUGAGAGGAACGGAGAGCAAUGCAACAACAUAUCAAGUCAUUAGGAUUUGACAACGUCUUGUCGGACAACAUGUGUGUAACAUGUCACGGUUGUGUGUAUUUGACGAUACGUUUUCGUGAACUGACUUUGUCUUGUGAACGCCCCCCUUACAGACAGAAGGACUCUGCUCUGCUCAAAGCUGGCCUUGAUGUUGCACGUUGGUUGUUCAAAGAUGUUGAAUAAUAUUGUGCUGUUAAUUGGUUGUGCUGGUUGAUCGCUGUAACUAGGCUGGGAGGUUAGCCUUUGGACCUGACAUUAUUCCGUAGUCCUAAGUGUCAAGAUGUUGUAUAUUAUACUAUUUAAUGGUAUAAAUUUAUAAGAAGGGAUGUGAUUGUGAAUUGAAUUGUGAAUCUUUGAUGUCAUCAUGUAUUGGACUUGAUUGAGUAUUCCAAAUAUACGUUUUAUUUUCA